CUCCGUACUGCAGCAGCAGUGCAGUUCAAACAUGACAGGGAGCUAGAGCCUAGCAGCCUGGCCGCCAAGCGCUUGCGGGUUGCUAGCCUGCCUCCCCUGCCUCCCUGGUUGUUUGCAGAUCUACGGAUGAGCAGGCGCAUCGAACUACUGUGCCUGUGGCCUUGGGAUGGCAUGGAUGGCAUGGGUGGCCAAUCCGACGAACGUCACGGCACUGCUGCGCUGCUGCACUGCUGCACUGCUGCACUGCUGGUCCUCCGUUUCAACCUCCCGACGUUGCAUCCUGUCCUACUGGUUCCCUUUCCGGCCGCAUCUUUGCGAGGAGCACGACUUGGCCCUCGCCGCCCCGUGUCAGACGCCCAUCAAGCACGUCGAGAGGGACCCUUUGGACCCCAUAGUUCAUACAUGCCCUUUGGCCUCGCCUGGCCGUCCGAUCAUUCCGCAACAGCAGCCACGCCCACGCCCACAAAUCACAAUUUGCCGCCCGACGCCCCCCCAAAAAGUGCGACACGUAACCAGGCGUUCAACGCGUCACAAUCACAUGUCACGUCCCCCUGACACUGAACCUUGCCCGCCCGACCCUCUCUCAAACCUUCUGUGCUUUCUGCCCUUCUGCUGUCAAUGUCUUCACCACCGCCAUCACACCAUGGUGCUGUAUCAAUCAGGCUGAGGUCUAGGCCUGCUACAUGGGAUCACGCCGUCCCUCCCUUGUUCAGACCCGUCCUGCGGGCAUACCUCCUCGGCUAUGCCUUCUCCGUCGGUCCACGGUUGUUGGCCUUGGUCUUGCACCACGCCUUGAAAUUCGUCCCGAGGCGGCACCGGCCUGCAGAUGGCCCUGCCGACAACAAAUCCGAGCCACAGCUGCUCGAGUCCCUGGCCAGGACGGUGCGAGCAGGGCUGGAAUGGCAACGGUUUCCUACCUUCUGUGCUGCUCUUGUCGGCGGCAGCACCUUGCUGGAGCCCAUCCUGCGCAGGGCAAUUGCUCGCAUCUUGCACAGAUUAGCAGGAACAACCAGAAUCAGGUUAUCAAGAUGGCUGUCCUCAUUCAUCGCGGCAUGGCUCAGUCUACGACUGCUCCAGUCCAAACAGAGCAUCCCGUCCACCACUACGCUCACCACAGCUGCAACCCCUCUGGGGUCGCCCAGAUCAGACCAGAGGCCGAGGCCCCAAGCUGGUCGAACACUAGACCUCACACUCUUCGCCGCAACUCGGGCCCUCGAUGUGUUGGUCGGCGAGGUCUGGUCUCGCCGCCGGUCCAUGCGCUCCCCUCCUGCUAGCAAAACGACAAGGGCCCUUGACCGCUUCACCUCCAGCCUGGCUGACCCCUUGAUCUUCGCGGCCUCUUCGAGCUUGAUCAUGUGGAACUGGUUCUAUAAUCCCGUCGCACUCCCACGCGCUUACAACAAGUGGAUUGCGAGCGCCGCCUCAGUCGACCGCCGCCUCGUGGUUGCCCUACAGCGCGUAAGGGACGGCGUCAUGCGCUACGGCGAGGACACAGGGCAUGCCUCCCUCCUUCAGGAAAUGUGCCAGGAGUAUCGGUGGCCCAUGUGGUGGGGCGACCCUGCCGUCAGCGUCCCCUUCCCUUGCGAGAUGGUUCAUAUGGGUGUUGGGCCGUCCUGCGAGCUGCACGCACUGAGCAGGUUCCGCAGCGCUUGGCUGUGGAGCAUGAAGACGUAUUUGCCGCUCCAGACGGCCGUACUGCUCCUGAGGCUUCGAAACCCCAAGACCCUGGGGCGUGACCUUGUCCGCGCCUUCAUAUCCGCGUCACGAUCGUCUGCGUUCCUCGGGUCGUUUAUCACUCUGUUUUACUACGGUGUAUGUUUGUGCCGGACUCGACUUGGGCCACACGUGCUGGGGAAAGACACCAAGGCUCGGCAGAAGAUCGAUGGCGGGGCAUGCAUCGGGGUAGGGUGUUUCCUAUGCGGCUGGAGCGUGCUGCUUGAGCCGUCCAGCAGGCGCAAGGAGCUCGCACUGUUUGUGGCGCCAAGGGCUGUCGCGACGAUGCUGCCGCGCAAGUAUGACGCCGAUAAGCAGUGGAGAGAGACGCUGGUCUUUGCCACCAGCACUGCGGUGGUGUUUACUUGUGUGAUGGAGAACAAGAGGAGAGUUAGAGGAGUCCUCGGGGGUCUACUGAGGACUGUGCUUGCGGCUUAGAAUGAUAAGACCAAGUAGAAUGCUGUAGUAUCGAUGUAAACCUAUAGACUUGUGAAAACAUCAGCAACAAACUAGAAGUUUGUACACCAAA